AUGAUUGAUUGUAGUCAUGGAAAUAGCCAAAAAGUUUUUAGUCGGCAAAUUGAUGUUAUCAAUGAUAUUGCGGAGCAACUUAAGUCGCAAUCUGGCAAUUACAUCACGGGUAUUAUGCUAGAAAGUCAUUUAAAAGAAGGUCGUCAAGAUCUUCCGAUGGAAGGUCCAUCGGGACUUGUUUAUGGUCAAUCAAUUACGGACGCGUGUAUUAGUUGGGAAGCUACAGUCAAAGCAUUGGACGUUUUACGAGAAGGUGUUAGAGCUCGACGUGAUAUUUCUUUGCAAAAUGGCAAAAGGUCCCCUACAUCUUUCAAUGAAUAA